UCGGUUAGCGUUCCCCUAUGGUGAAGCCUAUGUAAUUUUACCCGGAAGUACAUUUUAUGAUAAGAAUGGCAAGGUCGGGCAAAUUUUAACUUUAUUACUUUGUGACUGCACUGUAAAAAUGGUCUUGGCUUAUUUAAGGCGUAUUGGCUCUCUGCAUACAAACCCCGUGUAUCGUUUUGCCCACGAGUACUCUGUAGGUAGGAGAAACUACUCGGCACGGGGCAGCACUCUCGAGCAGGCGGUGGCAGCGUUCCGGAGCGUAGUGGGAGAGGAUGGUGUGUCACUGGGCACUGCAGUCAGAGACCAGCAUGGCAGAGACGAGUCAAUGCACCGUUGUUGUCCUCCAGAUGUUGUGGUUUGGCCCUGUUCUGUUGAGGAGGUCAGCGCCCUGGCCAAAAUCUGCUAUCAGCACCAGCUUCCCAUCAUCCCCUUUGGUACAGGCACCGGUCUUGAGGGAGGAGUCGGAGCAGUAAAGGGAGGCGUGUGCUUCAACCUUGGUAAGAUGGACUGCAUCCUAGACCUUCAUCAGGAAGACUUUGAUGUAACAGUGGAGCCGGGUGUCACUCGCAAAGCCCUCAACGCCUCCCUGCGUGACACUGGCCUUUGGUUUCCCGUCGAUCCAGGUGCAGACGCGUCCCUCUGUGGCAUGGUGGCCACCAGCGCCUCGGGCACCAACGCAGUGCGCUAUGGUACAAUGCGGGAGAACGUGCUGAACCUGGAGGUGGUGUUGGCGGAUGGCACUGUUAUACACACUGCAGGCAGGGGGCGCCGUCCCAGGAAGACAUCGGCAGGAUACAACCUAACCAACCUGUUCGUGGGCUCAGAGGGCACGCUGGGCCUGCUGACCAAGGCCACCCUGAGGCUCUCUGGCAUCCCCGAGGCCGUGGUGUCGGCUGUCUGCUCCUUCCCCUCAGUGCAGGCGGCGGUGGACAGCACUGUGCAGCUCCUGCAGGCCGGCGUUCCCAUCGCGCGCAUUGAGUUCCUAGAUGAUGUCAUGAUGGACGCCUGUAGGUGUUACAGCAGCCUGCCAUACGUCGUGGCUCCCACCCUCUUCCUGGAGUUUCACGGCAGCAAGAGCAGCCUGGAGGAGCAGGUCACCGUCGCAGAGGACAUCACGCGGGGGAACGCAGGCUCGGAUUUCAGCUGGGCGCGGGAUGCGGAGACUCGCGAGCGGCUUUGGAAAGCACGUCACGACGCCUGGUAUGCAGCCCUGGCACUGCGACCUGGGUGUAAGGCAUACAGCACAGAUGUGUGCGUUCCCAUCUCUAACUUACCUCAGGUUGUCGUGGAGACCAAGCGGGAUCUGAUGCAGAACCACCUCACAGGUCCCAUCGCUGGCCAUGUAGGAGACGGAAACUUCCACUGCUUGAUGGUUUUGGAUCCGAAUGACGCAGACGAGGUGCAGAGGGUCCAUCAGUUCACAGAGAGGCUGGCUCGGAGGGCUCUUGCCCUGGAUGGGACGUGUACUGGAGAGCAUGGGAUUGGUUUGGGCAAGAAGGCAUUGUUGUGUGAAGAAGUGGGACCCCAGACCAUCAAGGUCAUGCAUUCCUUGAAGGCCGCCAUGGACCCUGCAAACCUCAUGAACCCUGGGAAGGUGCUGUAAGGGAACGUCGAGUAAACGCACAAUCCAAGCACUGCUAUACCCAGGUUCACCAUUAGGUGGCAGCAUUUGGUUAAAAGCAUCGUCUCAAUGACUUGAGGUCUUUUUUCUGUUGUCGCUUUUUGGUUCAUGGUUGUAAGCACUGUGUGGUGAGUAGUUUUUUAAAUUAUUUAUUUUGAAUUUAUAUGUUGUGUAUUAUUCACUGUGCCUCCUUCUUGAUAGCGUAACCGGCUGUGUAAAUGAUCAGAUUAAGCUAAAGGACAGGGCUGAUCCAUUCAGAUGGUGUUCUGUCCUCCCCUCACCCAGCAUAGCUCUGAGAGAUGGAGGUGCCUGCAUGAGACCUUUUAACCAAAAACACCAACGUUCCCAUUAAUAAACACAAUUUAAAUGAA